AGCAUACAUCAUCUGGUUGCCUUGACAUUGGGAAGACCCCGCUAGCUGGAUGAUACUUCAGAUAAACACAUAUACCUUAUGCAAGCCGGUGCUCCACUUUUAAUGAUCGCAAGGCUGAUUUCAAUCCAACUUCGCGACUUUCUCAUUUCAAGCCUUCUUUGACCACACCAAGGUACUUACUGUAAAGUGGUUUUGAGGUCAACCCUGCAAAAGCAGCUCUAUCACCAUGGCUACCGGCCCAUCCAUCGCCACCGUUUACGUCCGUAAUCUCGAGGAGCGCGUCAAGCCCGAGCCGCUCAAAGAGGCACUGAGGACCGUCUUCUCCGACUAUGGCAGCAUCAUCGACAUCGUUGCCAAGACGAAUCUAAAGGCGAAGGGCCAGGCGUUCAUCGUCUUCGAAAACCCCGACGCCGCCAUGCAGGCCAUCGAGGAGGUCCAGGGCUUCGAGCUCUUCGACAAGCCGAUGCAACUUGCACUUGCGAGAACUCGCAGCGACGCAACCGUUAUGAGCACCGGCAACGAAGAGGAGUUCGAGUACCACAAGCGGCGGAGAUUGGCAGAGAAAGACAAGAAGAAGGCUGCCGAGGCAGCAGAAGAGCAGAAGCGGCUCAAGCGGGUAGGCGCUGCACCGCCCGCCGACUUGGCGAACCUUCCAGCGAAGGCCGCUCGUGGCACGGGUCUCAAGGCUACUGGACCAGCUGCCAACACCGUCGUGCCAGACGAGUAUCUACCGCCGAACAAGAUUCUGUUCGUGCAGAACCUUCCAGACGAUUACGAUGUCGAGGCUUUGACGGCGAUAUUUGGGCGGUUCGAGGGUUUCCGCGAGGUGCGUCUAGUGCCUGGCAGACGUGGUAUCGCUUUCGUCGAGUAUGAUGCCGAGGCAGGCGCCAUUACGGCGAAGGAAAACACGGCGGGUAUGCAACUCGGGGACAAGAUGAUGAAGGUCACCUACCAGAGACAGUAAAGGUGUGCGCAAGCCAUUUUAGAUACCCAGAGCACAGCAGAAUACUUGUUUUCGCCUUCACGAGGUUUGCCGCAAUCGCCAAUUUUAGACAAGUUCUAUCGUCGUAGUGCUAUGAGGCGUUG